AUGCCCCAGCUCACCGAACCAGCAAAUUUACCGCCAGCACCAUAUAAUGAAACGGGCGCCGUAUUCGUGAACUCCACUAUCCGUCAAACGCUUCACAUGUCUCUCGGCGGAAGUCCCAUUCGAAUCCAGAUCUCGAACGCUUUUGGAACCACUGACUUACCCAUAACAUCCGUGACCGUUGCCUUACCCACCAAUGGCUCAGCAGGAGUAGCGGCGAUCCAACCUUCGACUCUUCAUACAGUGACCUUCUCCGGAUCAAAGAACUACACCAUCCCUAACGGCGCACUGGUAGUCUCUGAUCCUAUCCCGAUGACUGUUGCGCCACAAUCAAACCUUGCUGUUUCCAUCUAUCUGGAAGACGGACAGUUGAGUGCCACAAAUGCUAUCACGAGCCAUCCAGGCAGUAGGACUACCAGUUGGAUGAGUAUGGGGAAUCAAGUAUCGAAACAAAAUAUCACAGAUGAGACGACCGAGAGCGUGCAGCAUUGGUAUUUUGUGAGCGCCGUGGAGGUUUGGAGGGAGAGGAGCGCAAGAGGGUUCGUUAUUGUUGGAGACAGUAUUACAGAUGGGAGAGGAAGUGACACAGAUGAGAAUGACAGAUGGCCAGAUCUAGUUCUCGCACGCAUGCAACGAAACCCCGACACAAGCGACAUCGCCGUUCUCAACCAGGCCGCAGGGGGAAACAGAAUCCUCUACGACGGUCUUGGACCAAAUGCUCUUGGCCGCAUUAACCGAGACGUCCUCUCCCAGUCUGGGAUUGCAUACGCCAUGAUCUUCGAAGGAGUCAACGACAUCGGCACAGCAGCCACUGACGCCGUGUCACAGAAGAAUGUCGGCGACCGCAUCAUAGCCGCCUACAAACAAAUAGUGGAACGAGUCCAUGCUCAUGGCAUCCCCAUGUUUGCGACUACGAUUACGCCAUUUUCUGCACCGGGAUAUAAUGUCACGGCGGAGGUUUAUAGUGACCCUGAACGAGAAGCGACAAGACAGAGGGUCAAUUCUUUUAUCAGAUACAGCGGGACUUUUGAUAAAGUGAUUGAUUUCGAUGCGAUAUUGAGGAAUGAUAGUUUGCCGUACUUGAUUCAGGCGGAUUUGCAGGGUGGUGAUUGGUUGCAUCCCAAUGCAGCGGGCUAUCAGAAGAUUUCUCAAGCGUUUCCCUUAGAUAUCUUCUGAGGUAGUGAGCGAG